ACCUCACGUUCUUCGUGCAAUUAGUUCUAAUUUUCGAGUCGUAACUACAUAGUUUACAGAUCGACCUCUUCUGGAUAAGUCGCAGUCCUCGAUGGACGCUGACGGGGACGACAUUGAUCUUGAAGAUCACUUCGAAUAUUUAGACAUCGCUGAUGUGACUGAUUCAAGGAACACUGAAGGUACUCAAAGCACGAAGUACCUCCUCAUAACCGGUGUCCUCAUCGUUGCAGUAUUCUUGAAGAAAAUCCAGCGCAAGAUAUGUUUUUCAUACACCAUAUUUAUGUUCGCUGCCGGCAUUGCGUUCUCCUACAAAGACAUUGGAAACAAAAACCAAGACACUGCAACAGGAUGGGCGCGCCAGAUGAAGUUUAAUGUACUCAUGUUCUUCUUUCCGGCAGCUGCAGUCUACGCAACUCAAGGCAUCAACCAUUUUAUCUUCCGGCGGUGUUACCGAGAAAUUCUGGUGUUUUCGGUUGGAACACUCGGUAUUAGCACGGUAGUGUGCUCGUUGUAUGCCUACAAUUUCAUCAAUACUGGUUCUGUACGAAGUAGCCUUCUCUUCGCCAUCUUGCUCUGCUCCAACGAGCGCCUCCCUAUAUCAGACCAAUUGUUCCAAGAAGGCCGUUAUCCCAUUCUUGCGACAAUGCUCCAGUCGGAGUCUGUCCUCAACUGCCUCUUCCUGUGGUCCAUGCUCGAUCAGAUGGAAAGAGACUUGGACGGCAUCCUGGCAAUUAUAUAUCACGUCAUCAUGUACCACGUCGUAGGGACGUGCGGAGGAAUCGUUAUGGGUUUCCUAGCGAUUUGCUCUCUACGAGUGGCGCCUCAGAGUCAGAGCAGCUGCACGUUUCUUCUCAUCUGCCUCACUUACAUCACAUUCUGCGGCCUAGAGGUUGGCGGAAGCUCGGGCAUAGACGGUGUCGUUGCCUUCACUCUGGUGAUCAAUUCCCACCAUUUAGUUGCUUGCACGGAGCUCGAAGAACUCUUGCACCACUACUGGUCUGCAAUCUACGACAUUUCUGGGUUUAUGGCACUGUACCUCUCAUCGGUAUAUACUGGAGAACUGCUCUUUAUAUUUCUCAAGCGGGAAGAGCUACGUAAUGCAGUUUUGACGUAUUUCGUGCGAGCCCUUGCACGACUCCUCUCUGUGGUAGCUCUCUUCCCCAUCAUUGAACAGUUCGGUUACCCAGUGUCGUGGAAGCAAGCUGUGGUAACUGUGUGGAUGGGACUCAAAGGGACGCUUAAUAUCACGGUUGUUUCAUAUUUGUACCAUCGCCAGGCAUCUAUCGAUGUGGACUACGUUGCAAAGACUUUCUUUCAUGUCGUCUGCGACAUAAGCCUGUGCCAACUAGUCAAUGUCACCCUGCUUGAGCUUGUCUUCAGAGUCUUUGGCAUUCUUGAGGUCUCAGAAAUCGAAGAAAACACGAUGGCAAGUGCUGUAGCGUACUUGCGCGAUCAUGUCCUAAUAGCCGGACGAUAUCAACAUAGAGACACCUAUUUCCUUCCUGUUGACUGGAAAUGGGUUAUGCGUAAAACGAUGGUAACUAACCCUUUCAGCAGCAGUGGACACGUGUGGGAACGUUUGCUCCGCCUUGUUGGAUACAAUAAAAGCCGUCGAAAAGUCGAUGAGAAAAUGGACCAACUCCGAGCAGAGCAGUUUGCUGUGGAGAAUGUGUUGAGAAUUGAGCAGGUGAGCUACUCUAGACAAUACCGUGAAGGAAUGAUCCAGAAGAAUACCAUGAUGACUCUCCUUGCAGCACUUCAAUAUCCAUUUGACAAAAAGAUGUAUCUGAAUGCAGAGACCAUCGAAUCCCUUAUAGAGAUACCGGACUGGAUCAAAUGGCUAAAAGAAUCCCUGUCGGUUUCCCACUUCGGUGAAGACCUUAUGGACACAGACACUGAAUCUCAACAGAGUCAAGUUGAGCGGCACCUUCAAGAGCGCAUUAUUGAUCUUUUCGAACACCAGUACUACGAACUCGUUGUCACCAGCAUGACGCUAACGUUCAUGUUCUCCCUUACUGGCGUUCUGUUCACGGGCUCGACCAACGAAAAGCUGGAACGAUCUCUUGUCAUCCAGGGGCUCUUCGUCGCAUUAUUCGGAGCGGAGAUAACCACAAUGAUAACAGCUUAUGGCCACCGUUUCGUCCGGCUGGACAACUACAACAAGCUAGACCUUGUCCUAGUAGCAACCAGCCUUUUCCUCUUCAUUGUCCAAUUCGGCAUGUUCCUCGUGCAAGCUGAAGAAAAACUUCGCAUGGCGCUGGCUGUGGCAUUUCUCGCUUUCAUGUCCGUCCGCCUUGUACACGCUAUUAAGUACCUACAGUUGGGACAGUAUUGGGUUCUGGACCUGGUACAUCGCUACCUGGACAAGGUGAUCUAUACAGCGUACGAGGCGAGCCUAGCGAUUAUCACAGGAGAGGAGGAAGUUCAACAGAAUGUAUGGAAAUAUGUGUGCGCUCCGGAAUUGGCUUUGGAGACUCGCAACCGUGCAACUAGCAACCGGCUGCUCGUGCUGCGCAAUCUCGUCGAAAUUCAGGCUCGCUUCCCAGGCAUUGCUGUUGCCUUCAAGAGCAGGCAGGCUGGCCAGACUAUACUAAACGAUGUAUCUGCGCAUCUUCAGGAAAUGCAGCGAGACGGCUUCUUUACGGUGGACCAGUACCGCGAUCUGCAUGAACGACUGAAGAAGCACAUGAUGGGUAUCAUCUGCGCUCCAAAUAGCAUGCCUGCAAGCUACAAGCCCAUCGCAGUGCUGCGCGUCAUUCCUUGGAUCGGAUCUGACAGCGUUCGGCAAUUCCUGGCGCUCCAGCUGCGGCCGGUCUCAUUUGCUGCCGAUGACAUUAUUGUUGAGCGUGGCGCCGACAGUCCUGUGGUUAUUGCCUAUUCCGGCAUAAUCAGGAUAGAGGGUCAUGUUGCAUGUCGCUACGACGGUGCAUUGCCGAACUCCGCCUCGUCCCUGUUCUUCUUCAGCGAGGAUUACUUUGAGGACUACCUGGGAGCUCCAGUUACGAUAGGAGCAUUGGGACUCGUCACAGAUGAGCCUACCCUUACCAUCGUCAGCGCAGAGACUCCUGUGAACGCAUAUCUUAUCCCAAGGAGCCAGCUCCUGGAAGCCAUCAAGACGUUCACCAAGCCUCCUAGUUUUCUCUACCAGAUCUGGUACUACAUUGCUAAUAUUUUCGGCGUCCUCAUUUUACAAUCGCAGGCCAAAUAUCAGACGUGGCCGGUAGAGAAGAUCAAGCUUCGUUUAAGCUCAUUCUUGCUGCCAGACUUGUCGAGCGCUCAUGAUUUUCUCGUCAGCCCGGACAUCGAAGACAUUCUCCUCAUCCAAGGCACACUUGUGGACGUGAACGUGGGAGACUGUUAUGUUGCACCAUCAUACAUUCCGCGCUCUGUGAAGCGCUUCGUUUUUCCAGGCGACUUCGCCACUCGGCCACGACCCGUACUCAUCGUGAUUGCUAACAAACACUACAAGUUGCCAGUCGAGUUUGACUGGCUGCGGAAAAUUCCUAGCGAUGAGGAAAAACCUCCGGAAACGGAAACAGUACGCAAGGUGUACCGCGAGAAGAUCGCAAGACGUAUUGUGGAUAUUUGUGGAUAGCUGAGGGCUCAGCAGAUUUUGCAACAUUUUUGUUUCAGAGCUAUGUAGUACAAAUUAUUAUGCGAUGUAACCAUAAAUUUGUCAUUACACGAUCACCUGCAUUACUCGCACAUUCACCUAGCACGUCAUUCUAGCACGUCACAGGAAGCGGUACAUUUCAGGCCUUCACCAGCUAGUGUUCUACUCUUCACAAUCCACAGGACUACAAGACACGCCGGUCUGUAUAGGAGGCAGCAACGUGUUGCCUUCGAGCUACGUCCGAGCAGGUC